CUCCAUCCAAAUCCUAACUAACUCACCACUUAAAUCUCUCUCUUGUUACUAUUUCAAAUUCAUAUCUCACUUAUCCUAAGUUUCAAUUUCCUCUAUUUUCUAUUUCUGUUACAACCUUAUCUUAUGUCUCUCCCUAUAUAAACAUUAAACAACACCCUCCUUUCGAUAUCAGUUUCCAUGGAUCCCAAUUCCAAUUCCAAACCCUCCACCAGAUUCCAUAACCCUUUUGGCUCAACAAUACUAAGAACUGUCUUCUUCCGAGCACUUCUUCUUGCUACUGCCAUCUCCAUCGUUUCACUUCUCCACUCACUACCCACCAUGGACUUAGUCCCCAAAACCUACGAUCACGAUUGCCUCAUUGAACUCGAAGACUCAAACACCACUCUAUCACCAGGCUCUUAUUUGUUCCAAAGCAGAAUCAUAAACAACUUCUGGGGUUCCUUCGACUCAUCGAACUGCAAAAAAGAAAUCAACUUGGUCUCAAACGUAGUCAAAGAGUUGAAGUCUCAACAAAGACUCAUGAAUCAUACUGUUGAAACUCUUUGUAUUGGUGAAGCUUCAAACAUAGCUGUUUCCACUUUGCAGAAACUCGGUUUCUCCAAUGUGAUUAACCAUAGCUUCUUCUCAUUCAAUAAGAAGAAUUUCGUUUACUCGCUUGAUCGGUAUCGCGACGGCUCGUUCGGGUUUGUUUUGUCCGAUGAUUUAGGUAAAGUAACUGUCCCGGCAUUGCUUGUCCUUGAAGUUGAGCGGAUUCUUAAACCGAACGGAAUCGGUGCUUUGCUUUUGGAUUUUGAAUAUGACAGUGAGAGUGUUUACUCCAUUCAUAACAUUAACAACAUUGACAUGAUAAGAACCGCUUCACCAGUUUCUUCGUUGUUGCGAUUUUCGUCUAUAGUUCAUGUUGGAGUUUUCAAUAAUCACAGCCUUAUUGUUUUCAAGAAAAACUCCGAAUCAAAAUCAGAAUCAGAAAGUGAAACCAGAAGAUCUUUAUUCUAUCAUGAAGAUUGUAGAAGUGUUAACUUUGCUAAGAAAUUCAUGAAUCUAAUGGAGCCUAUUGUCAAGGAAAGAACAUAUGAGAAAAAAAUCACUUAUUUGCCUGAGUUUGUGAAUGUUUCUACAUAUAAGAAGAAUCUGGUUUAUGUUAAUAUUGGUGAAACCGGUGAAAGUGAGGUUAAUGAUUGGUUUCCGGAAUCUUAUCCAAUUGAUAAGAAACAUUUCAAUGUUUACUUUGUUCAUUACAACGCGUCUGUAAUGUUAUCGCACGUGAAAGAACCGCGCAUUACAUUUGUUUAUCAUCCAGGAUUGAAUGAAAAUUUUAGUGACGAAAGCGAGGUUAUUGAUGUGGAUGAAUAUAUGGAGAUGGAAGAGUUUGAUUUGGUUGAUUGGUUUAAAGAAACUGUGAGGAAUGCUGAUUUUGUUGUGGUUAAGAUGAAUGCGGGGAAAGCUGAAAUGAAGUUUCUUUCUGAUAUAUAUGAGAAUGGAGUUAUGUGUUUUGUUGAUGAGAUGUUUCUUGGCUGUGAAGAGAGUGAAGAUGGUGAGAGAUGUGUGGAUGUUUAUGAUGGCCUUAGAAGGAAGGGUGUUUUUGUUCAUCAAUGGUGGAAUGGUGAGUGAGAGAUUGUUUCUGGUUUUGUGUGUUUUUGAAGGAUUGGUUAGAGAUAGAAGAUUUAGUAGAGAUGAGUUUUUUGUUUUCAGUUUAGGAAAGUAGGGUUUUGAUGUUAAUGAUGUGAGUUUGAAGCAUGAACAUGUUCAUGAGUAAUUGUAAAUAAUAUUUCAUUUUCUUGGUUAAUUUUCA